AUGUCAGAGUCAACGCUAGCCUUCGGCAUCGAGGUCGAACUUCUGUUCAAGCCCAACGGGGCGCUCAUCCGGGAGCACAUGAGCGGGUGGACGGCCGGGCUCGAUCACAGCCAGAAGACAAAUCCGGCUAGGGUCAACCGAAAUGUUCUUCGGCUAGCCAUCGCCAGGGAACUGACCGGUGCUGGUGUCGAAGCCGGGGUGUCGACGCAAGGCUACGACAUGCGGUCCGUCAUGGACGAGCCCACGCUAGAUGAGAGGCCGGAUUUCUGUAAGUACGCCCUGCAGAAAGAUACACGCCACUUUCGGAAGCAUACAGAAUAUUGCAUGAUGUCGUAG